AUCUAGUGAGCAGGAGGCGAGUCGACCUGGAAAAGAAGAGGAUUCUGGUGCGUCCCUCGUAGUGCCGAAGCGGGUUUUCCAUCUAGAAGUGCGCGGUUCGGAAUAUGUGUCGACUUCGCCCGGAUUGUGCGCAGCGCGGGAUUUGACGAACCGUGCGUCCGUCUCGUGUGACAACACCACUGCGUCGUUCGUUUUAAGCGCGUCUUCGUCGUCUCCUAGCUGCUCGCCUCGCCGUCUGUGCGUUUCCCCCCGCGAUGUUGGUUUUCGGAGAAAAGGCCUAACGGUGCCAUGAGAGGCGAGCGCUGUUGCGGCAGCGGAGUGGAGAAGAAGCCGGCUGCGGCGGCGGCGCGGCUUGCGUCCAACGCCAGGCUCCUGCAGGCGGCGGCGAACGACAACGCCGGCUUGACGUCGGUGCUUGGCACCGGUUUCGUUGGAAGAGCAGGCGCCCUGUCAGGCAUGAUGGAGGCUGCCCUGGCUCAGCAGCAGCAACAGUAUGAUCUGUCGCAGCUCAACUACACAAACAACAACAGCAGUAGCCUUGGGGCGCUCCGGCGGCCCCAGAAGGAUGCGCCAGCCAGCACCACGUCCUCGUGCACGGACUCGGUGCUGCUGCAGGACGGGGGAGAUGAGCUGCAGUGGUGUGCCGACUAUCCUUUCAACAGAGAAUUCCAGAGGCAUCUAUGUUCCUCAUCACUCACGUCUUCGGGUCGGCUAAUGCGGCGCAGCAUCUUGUCAGUGUCUGGGGACGCUUGCGUGAUAGGUGAUGACGGCGGGGGCCUCGGUGGUGUGGACCUUUCGUACGAGGACCUGUCUAAAAACUUUGAUGCCAACCUGGCGGAAAUCGACAUGGAGACCUUCAGGUCGGAAGACAUUCACGCCAUCCUCACGCUUCCUGCCCUGUAUGGAGGGGACUUCCAGUCGGCCAGCCGCGGAGAGCAGUGUGCCUCGGUGUCUGGCUCAUUUCUCGAGGCUCUGCCCCUGGAUGCCUCAUCUGUGCAUGCAAAAACUGAGAGCAGCUCCGGGCACGACGAGGACUCUGGCGAGAUGUCCAUCUGUCGGGACGAGCCGCUAUUCUCACCCGUCAAGGAGUGUGGACCUCCGUUGACGAGCGGACGGGUCGGUGGUGUCAACGGGGGUGCCCUCUCCACGGACAGCCUCGACUGCAGCUCAUUCGAGGAGCACGACCUAGUGCUGACGUGCCAGGCCAAUAAGGACAACUACACGAUCGCCUUCCAGCAGAGCGGGACACACUUCUCCGACGACCUAUCGGAAGGCAGCGUUCCCUCGGACCAGCAGAGCCACCACAGCGGCAGUGCUGUGAGUGCUACGCAGCCAGCGAGUGGUGGUCCUGGGUCCAUGGCACGGUCCGAGCUGUCCUUCACCACCUGGCACAGGCUAAGGUCGUCAGGCAUUCGACUCAAACCGGAUUCGGACACAGGAAAGAGCCAGAGCCUCCCCAACCUUCUGCGACGGUCGGCAGCCGUGGCAGGGCGCAUGGAUGUGGCCGGCAACUGCCUGCCACUCUACACUCUACAGGCAUCUACACACGGCACAAUUGAUCCACCCGAUGCCCGGUCCGUGUCCCUGCUGCGCCUCUUCAUGCGAAGCAAGGCUGGCAGCGGAGGUUCUCUCUCCAGCAGCCAUUCCGAAAAUUCGGAUUCUGUCACCACACCACGGGACGGCGCUGCUGCUUACCAACUGCAGUCGUCCAGCGAGGACUCCAGCGGUUCCAUGGACUCCAAGAGCGACAGCAGCGAAGACCCACCACCUCCGCCAAAGCCCGUGGAACCACUGGUGCGGAAAGUGCUGCGGGCCAGCACCAACCUUGUGGGCAGGGAGGCCAACAACAACAACGUGGAACCCACGGCUGCCAACGACAAUGAACGGCUGAGGAUGGCGACGUCGGAGAGUGAGGAGGAGACGUCGCAAUGUUUUGAGGACAGCCUCGUGGAAGCGGUGCAGGCACGCAUGAAGCCUGCUAAUGCGAGGAGCCCCAUCCACGAGGAAGAAGAACCGUUCGAGUCCAGUGGGGACGAGACAAUGAAGGACAGCCGUGACCUGCUGAGCAGUGGCGGGGGCACGUCUUCAGACAAUGCGGGAGUCAUCGAGCGGCGCAACAACGACGUGAACUCUUCACUGCGCUGUGCCAAGAGUGGUGCACUGCUUGGUGGCCCCUUGGGAAAAGAGAGGAUAAAGAACGUCUUCACGACAGUGAAUAAAAACAGCAAUGCCGUGGCUGCGGAGUCGGACGAUCGGCAGUCCAGCCGCAGCACGCAGACCAAGCGCUUCAACUGCAACGACGGCUCGGGAUCCGGUUCUACGAGAAAAGUGUCGGACAGCAGCGGAAGCGGAGAGGAAGGCCGAAACGCACGCUCUUCGAGUCUCCUCUCGAGUGGCUACGUGAGCCGGCAAAACUCUGUUGACCAGAUUCACAGGCAGACGUUCCUCCUUAGUGCCGGCGGAAACAGGAGAAAGCAGACGCCUACGGCCAUAGCUCGAAUGAGGCACUCGAGCACGCAAGUGCCCGUGCACAUUCGGGAUCGUGGCAUUCAGACCAGCGUGGAGGGGGCCGUGGCUGAGAACUCUAACUGGCUGUACACUGUCGAUGACACGUCGGCAGCAGUGUCGGGACAGCGAAGCUUCAACUUGACGCUGCGCCCACAAGAAGCCAUCUUGAAGCAGGACGGGGAGCAAAAGAGAUCUAUUUAUGUCUGCUACCCAAAUUACUCCCUUCCAGAUCUCAGUUUCCUGAAGGAAUUGGCUGCAGCCGAGGACAAGCCUGACCUGGUGUUUCGUCCUACGCAGCACAAGAUGCCGCAGCCUGGUGCGUCGGAAGCAGCGGCAGAUGGCACUGCUGCGUCGGCGCAGGUGCCGCCCAACGAAUCGCCCGUGCUGCACAGGCGCACCCACAGCAGCGAACCUCACUGGCGACGACCCAAGUCGUGCAAUGACUUCGAGGACCUCUCCCGGCGCAACCUGAGUCACAUUCAGGACUGGGAUUCGCUGAGUGUGCUGCUGCCCGCUGAAGUUAAGGCCAUGGUAUCUCACUUCCGCCAUGCGGCUCCUUCCUCAAAUCUCGCUUCGGAGCAACAACGGGGGAUCCUGCGCAAGCUCUCGGAUGAGGCCAACAGUCGGCCAAGGAGCCAGUGCGACACUCUCGCUGCAGACGUUGACAGGAUCUCUGCGGGCGCCUCGAAUGAAUUCGCCAACCGGCGGCACUCGCUGCAAGACUACCGGCGUCUCCUCAAGGGCCUUCCUGACAUGGAUGGCCUGCUUCCACCCUGUCCGAACUUGGCCUGCAGCGGAGGUUUGCAGCGCGACUCCUCACUGCCCCUGUCCCGGACCAAUUCGGAGGGGUCGUGGCGGCGUGCCGGAGGCCGGAACGCGAGGCGCUCUGUGCCGCUGGCGGCCACCUGCUCGUCUUGCCGUGCCAAGAAGGCCGUGAGCUUCAGCGAGGACCUCAACGUUCACGCAAAUGACAUGCGGUCCAUGCGGGGAGCCUUCUGCAAGUGUACGUGCGGCUCGAGUCCUACGGCGAACUACGGUUCCCUGGAGAGGCCAUCGAGGAAGAUGACGCUACUGUUUGGUGGCAGCCAAGAUGACCAGCAUGCUCCCCACGAGUUUACUUUGUCACCUAAAGGUCUCUCACCAUCGUGGGGUAUGUCACCCUUGUCCAGGAGCCAGCGAGAGCUCGUUGAGCAGAAAAAGGGUCUAUUGGACAACACGAUGCGGUCUAUAAAGCAGGUUCUUGACUGCUACAGCACAGAAAAGGAAUCCCAGCCUGCUGUGGGAGGUGGGCCCGAACCGUGUCUGUCUGAAGGCAGUGCUUGUGGCCGUCUGGCAAUAGAGUUCCUAGUGCCCGCACUUCGAGAGCUGCUGUCCGAUGGGCUGCUGCCGCACGUGCGGGGCGUGUUUGGUCGCCUACCCAACUCACUCUGGCACCUGGCUCACUCCCUCAGCCAAGCCAAGGAGGGACGAAAAGAAGUCCAAGAGCUUGUAGAGUACAUCGAGCAGGCCGACACUGCUUUCCAUGGUGAUGGGGAGAAAUUUGGUGCCUGUUUGCUUGGUCUACUAAACCUGGGCUGCCUGGACACCUGGUUCCUGACGCUGCUCUCCAGCCCGCAGAUACUGCAGAAGCACUACCAGACGUCUGCCGCUUUUGUGCCGCUUCUCUCGCAUCCCAGCUUGUUCUUCCUGCGCGAAGAGCUUGCCUGCAGCUUGCGCUCCCUCUCCGAGCUUCCCUUUGGCUUCAGCCUGAGCUUCGCCCUGGGCGUCGAAGCGCAGAGCCUGAAGAACGCCAAGCCCGCUUCCCGCAAGUCCCCCGGCGGCCUCAAGAGCCCCCCCAGUGUAGGCUCCCCGUGCACCCCUAGUGACGAGAAUGGCCUGUACGACGAGAGUGACGACCUCCGCACUGUCACCUGCCAGAGCUUGGUCGACUCGUCUUCGCUGGAAGAGACGCUGGACAACUCGUCACGCGUCCUCGAACUGCAGAAGAAGCUGAAAGGUGGCACCGCAGUGGCCAGCAGUGGUCUGGGAGGGACCAAGGCCAUCUACCCUGCAAUGCAGAAGGUGCAAGGAAGUGCAGAGGAGAUGCAACGUUUCCGUCAGCUGCGUAAUCACUGGGAGCAGAUGUCCCAUGCGUCACCCAGUUCGGCGGAGGCAACCAGUACCGUCACAGCUGCAUCUUCUGCAAAACCCACUUCGCCAACAAAGCUCCCGUCACCCACAAAGACGAUCCGCAAGCCCACUGUGACAAGUGGUGCUGCCACCAAGAAGAGCAGCGUGCCGUCAGCCGACAACCGGCGCCUCGCACCACGCGGUGCCACCGCUGGCUCCCGGACCCCGAGCCCUAAUAUCUCGGCC